GUUCAAAUCAAAGAUAUAACGUUCUGAUAUUAGUUAUAGUAAAAAUAAACAGUUAUUUUCAACGACUAUGACUGAUUAUAACAAGCAUACAAUGCUAGUGUCAAAUUAGGAAGGUUAGAAUAAACAGAAUAGGAGUUUUCAACGACUUAUUACGAGAUUUAUUCAUCGCAAUUAAUCCAUUUCUAAGGUCAUUUCAGUAUAAGGAUACUUUAACUCAUGGCUGGAACAAAUUUCGAGUUAGUCAUCAUCAGUUUUAUUUUGGUCUUCAAUAUACAUUUAUCUUUGUGUGAAAGUCAGGAAGUUGCACCAACUAAUGCCCCCGGCGAAUUCUCCAGUUAUACCCAACAAGGAUUCAGCAUACCUGAUUUUAGUGGAACGUAUGGUAUUCCAGGAAUUGUUGAAUUGUCGUACUCUUUAAAAUCAAAUCGAGUUAUUGAUCUCAAAUUGAACGUUGGAACACUCAAAAAUGAUAAGGAAACUGGUUUUGUUAAGCUCAAUACUAUUGAUGCUGGAGGAUUUAUCAUUGGACAGUUUGGUACUGAAAUGGAAAUUACGGGAAACGACUUCGAGGCAACUAUCAACAUUAACGGAGGAUACACCCUCAACAUCACAGAUAUGGUGAUGAACCAAACACUCGAAAUAUUACCUGGACUUAAGCUGUUAUUGAGGGAGUGUUCUGUUGAUGCUGAGAGUGUGGUGUUGAAAAUUGUGGACACAGAGCAGGACCUUCCGGAUGUUUUUUUAAAAUCUCUAUUCUCUUGGUUAUCCCGCGCUCUCAAGGACGACUUGGAAGAUGUGGUUUGCCUUGCUGCAGAAGCGGAAACAAAAAAGGGAAUUGAUUCGGCAAUCAUUCGUUCGAUAUUAUUCAAUGCAAAUGUGGCAAAACAACAAGGAAGCGACGUCUUGAACUUUCCUCCGACACAGCCCAAGACAAUAUGAUUGGCAAUGGUAAUAAAAGAACAAACCACGAAGCUAAGCUGCAAUAAUUCUAAUGAUUGGAGCGAUUAUGUUGAAUUGAUUGAUUAGUUGAAUUGUAGUGUACCUUUUGUGUUGUAGUUAAUUUUUUUUUACAUAUAUAUACUAUUAAUCAAGACCUGUGGUAUUAGAUCUCAUCACGUAAUAUAGGAUUUUUAUAGUUGACCAGGAAAUAGGAUUGGUGGUAAAACGACUUAAUCAUGAGCCAACAUCUACCUGUACGGGUGGAUACCAGUCUAUGCCAAGUACAAGAAUGGAUAUUCAGUUUGAAAGUGAUUGGGGGAGCUAUAUUGGCAAAAAAAAUUACAUUCGCGGAGUACUUAGAUUCAAAAUAAAAAUUUACACGUUAAAGUAUCAGAGCAUUGCUCUGCUUAUGAAUAUUAAACUUCAACCUAACAAUAAUAUAUAUCUAAUUUUUUUGUCUGUUCGUACUGAAAUACAGUUUUCCAUGUUAUGCCAGAACGAUGUUUAAAAAGUGAAAUACAAAUUAUUUGCUCGGAAA